AUGGACGUUGAAAUCGAACAAAUCACUUCUCAAGAAAAUCCUCAAAAGCUUCAAAAUAAUAAGGAGGCUAUAACUAAGGAUAAUCCACAUACUGUAGUUGGGACCACAUCUGGAUCUCCAGACUCUGGCAAUAACAAUAGUUCCAAUUCAGACCUCAAAUUUCAUGAAGAUCAGAAUGACGGAGAUGAUGGGAUGGAUGAUUUCGAUGAUGUAUCAAACUAUGAUGAUGAUGAAUGUGAUUACUUGAGUAUGCAGACACAAUUUGAUAAUGUUGAUUUGGCUGCUGGUGUUGAGGCAACUGUUUCUUGGUUAAAUGAACUUGUUUCCAGUUCAAAAGUGUCUUCCCAAGUUAGCUCUUCAAGUCAUCUAGCGGGUACUCUGACAUCAACUCCCACAAAUCCUGAGCAUGCAAGUAGUGGCUUUCCGCAGGUCCCUGCUUCAAGCAGUACUCUGGUGGUGUCUGGAGGGUCAAAUUCUCGUGGAAAGGAAGAGGCUUCUGAAGAUGAGGAGCUUGCAGUUUUCUUGAAGCAAGAUGCUAUGUUAGCAUCUGAAGCUCGAAAAAAGAUGAACAACAUUAAGUUAUAUGUUUGGAGGGUGUUCAUUAUGAAUAACUAUGAGGAGCUUAUGCCCGAGUACCUUCGAUUUGUGAAGGGUGUUGUGGACUCUGAUGAUUUGCCUCUCUACAUAUCUCAUGAGAUGCUACAACAGAACAAGAUUCUCAAGGUGAUUAGGAAGAACCUUGUGAAGAAAUGUAUUGAGAUGUUUAAUGAAAUUGCUAACACCAAGGAGGAUCAACUCGCUGAUAUAUUUACCAAAACUCUUCCAAAAUUCAAAUUUGAAACUCUUCGUGAACAACUUGGAGUUACCAGCAAACAUCUCAAGGAGGAGUGUUGA